AUGACUGCUCAGAUUCCACCCACACUCCUGAAGCUGGCAAGGCAGGCUCUGCUGAGAAAUGAGACCUUGGACAUGUCAGCUCUGGACAAACUGCCCAUGGAACUCUUGCCAACACUGUUCAUGGAAGCCUUCACUGGCAGACACACUAUGACUGUGAAGGCAAUGGUGGCAGCCUGGCCUUUCCCCUGUCUCCUUAUGGGGGCAUUGAUGAAGACUCUUGAUUUGGAACCUUUCCAGGCAGUUCUAGCAGGAGUAGACAUGUGGCUGCAAAGAAAGUUUCACCCCAGGGGAAAACUUCAAGUUCUUGAGCUAAGAAAGAAACAGCAUGAAUUUUGGAGCAUAAGGGCUGGUGCAGAGGAUGGUGACUGCUCAGCAGAGACCCCAGAUGAGCAGCAAGUAGUGAAGGUCCUUCCCAGAUAUGCACUGCGGUGGCACCUGAAGGUGGUAGAUGACCUUUGCCUCAUGCCGUGUGUAGAUGAAGAACAAACAUGCUUCUUGCAGUGGGUCGAGCAGAGAAAGGGCUCCAUCCAGUUCUGCUGUAUGAAAAUGACCAUAUGGGCUCUGCCUUUCCAUGUUAUCCAUGAGGUCAUGAAUGUUUUUCAUCCAGAGCACUUCAGGGAAUUUGCAUUGAACACAGAAUGGAAUAUGUUUAUGAUGGCACGGUUUGCUCCCUGCCUGGGCCAGAUGAGAAAUCUUCACAAACUCUUACUGGUACCCAUCUACAAUAAUGUCUUCAAGAUUAGCAACAGGACAACAGACAGGGAAGACAAGUGUAUCAACAAGUUAAUUUCUCAGUUCUCCAGAUUCAGCUGUCUCCAGCACCUCUGCUUAAAGAGCAUCUAUUUUCUCAGAGACGGCAUCAAUCAAGUCUUCAGGUCCCUGAUGACCCCAUUGGAGACCCUGUCCAUCACUUACUGCCACAUUUCACAGGCAGACCUGAAUUACUUCUCUGAGUGUCCAAAGCUCUUUCAGCUGACGCAUCUGGACAUGAAAGGUGUGCCCUUAAAGGCUUUGGAUCUUAUGCCUUUCCGAGUCCUCUUGGAGAAUGUGGCGCACAUUUUGCAGUCCCUGGACCUGAAGGGUUGUAGGAUGAAGGACUCUCAUCUCACUGGCCUCAUACCUGCCCUCAGCAAGUGCUCCCAGCUGGCCAAGGUCAGUUUCUAUUACAAUGACUUCUCCAUGCCCAUCCUGAUGGUCUUUCUGCAGCACACAGCCAACUUGAGCAAGAGUGUGACAGACACUUUGCAGCCCCUGGACAAGAAGGGUUGUAGGAUGAAGGACUCUCAUCUCAUUGUUCUCAUACCCACCCUCAGCAAGUGCUCACAGCUGGCCAAAGUCAAUUUCUAUGGCAAUGACUUCUCCAUGCCCAUCCUGAUCGACUUUCUGCAGCACACAGCCAACUUGAGAAAGAUGAAUGUGGAAGAUUAUCACCCUUACUACCAGGUUCAGGAUCAUGUGGGGUCAAUAAUUCCAUGA